UCCUCGCGCCCAUCGUCGAUGUGGACCUCGGCGGUGAUGGCGGCGAUGGCGGAGACCAUGCAGGAGACGUCGUGCUGGCUGGCCCUGACGCAGACCUCGCAGCAGUCCAAGAUAAUGACCCAUGGGACGAUGAUCUUUUCGGCGUCGAUGGGGAUGCCAGCGGCUGCGAAGGCGGCGACGAGGGCGGCGGCCCCGGGGGCGGCGACGGCGGCGGACAUGGAGAUCCAGCCGCUCCAGCGGCGCCAGCAGCUGGCAGAGGCCGCGGCGGUGGAGCCCGAGGCCGCGGAGUUCCUCGGAGUUUCAACUGGCGCG